AUGGAGGUUAAACAACUACAAUAUCAACAACAACAACAACCACCAACACAGACCCAACCAACACAAAUCACACCAAUUACACAACAAACUCAACCUUCAACUCAUUCAGAUAAACAAAUAGAUCAAAAUCAAAUUUGUCAAUUAAUUUGUUCAACCGGUCAAUAUCAAACAUUUACAUUAAGUCUAAAUGAUAAAGUAAUACAUAAUAAUCAAAUAAUUUGGCAAUUUGGAAGAUCUCCUGAUUCGGACCUCCAACUAAACACUAGUUCUCGAUUAUCUAAUAAACAUUUCAAAAUAUGGAUUAAUAUCGAAGAUAAAAGUUUAUGGAUUAAAGAUUUAUCUACUAAUGGAACAUACCUUAAUAAUAGUAGAUUGGUGAAGAAUUCAAAUUAUUUAUUAAAUCAAGGUGAUGAGAUAUCGGUGGGAGUGGGGAUUCAAAAAGAUGUUGUUAAAUUUAUAUGUAUAUUUAGUGAUUUAUUUAAUCCUUCAAAAAUACCUGAAUCUGAUCUAGCUAUAAAAGAUCAAGGAAUAUAUAAAGAUUUUAUAAUUAAAAAUGAGACUAUUGGACAAGGAGCAUUUGCAACUGUUAAAAAAGCGAUUGAGAGAUCAACUGGUGAUUCAUAUGCUGUUAAAAUAAUAAAUAGGAGGAAAGCUAUAAAUACCAGUGGUGGAAAUGUUGCAGCUAAUGCAUUAGUUGGAGUGGAUCGUGAAUUACUGAUUCUUGAAAAAUUAAACCACCCAAAUAUAGUCAGUUUAAAAGCUUUUUAUGAAGAUAUGGAUAAUUAUUACAUUGUAAUGGAAUUAGUCCCCGGUGGUGAUUUAAUGGAUUUCGUAGCUGCUAAUGGUGCCAUUGGAGAAGAUGCAACUCAAGUAAUUACAAAACAGAUACUAUUGGGAAUUAAUUAUGUUCAUAAAUUAGGCAUAUCACAUCGUGAUUUAAAACCAGAUAAUAUUUUAAUAAUGCAAGAUGAUCCUAUAUUUGUAAAGAUUACCGAUUUCGGAUUGGCUAAAUUUAGUGAUAAUUCGACAUUAAUGAAAACAUUUUGUGGUACGUUAGCAUAUGUAGCACCUGAAAUCAUAACUGGGAAAUAUGGGAAUUCACAAACACCAUUUGAGAGUCAACAAGGAACUAAAAAUAAUUAUUCUAAUUUGGUUGAUAUUUGGUCAUUAGGUUGUUUGGUAUAUGUAUUAUUGACUUCUCAUUUACCUUUUAAUGGGAAAACACAAGCUCAAAUGUUUCAAAAGAUUAAAACUGGUGAAUUUCAUGAAGCUCCAUUAAAUUCAUAUGAGAUAUCUGAAGAAGGGAGAGAUUUUUUAAAGAAAUGUUUACAAGUUAACCCAAGACAACGAUUUACUGCAGAACAAGCAUUAGCACAUCCAUGGUUAAAAGAAGUACAACAAGAGGAGGAUUCAAAAUCAUUAAGUUUAUCACAGUCACAAUCUCAACAAUCUAGAAAAAUAGAUAAUGGUAUUCAUGUGGAAUCAAUGAGUAAAAUAGAUGAAGAUGUAAUGUUGAGACCGCUAGAUAGUGAAAAGAAUAGAAAGACAGAAAAACAAAUACAAGAUUUUAAAGUCCCAAAAAGGGUUGUUCCAUUACCUCAAUCACAAAUACCACACUCUCAAAAACGUUAUGAUUUAUCAAAUUCAAUAUCACAAAAGAAAAGACAAAACAACAUAAUAAACAACGAUGAAUUAGGAAUCAAGAAAUUGAAGAUAGAGAGGCCAAAUAUAAAAUUGCAACCAUUUCCAAAUUCAUUAUUCAAGAAUGAGAUUGUGAUAAAUAAACCCGUGUUUUCAAUAGGAAGAAUGGAGACAUGUGAUAUUGCACUAAAUGACGAUAGAUUGUCCAAAAUACAUUGUAUAAUAAAAGAAAGUGAUAAUGAGGUUUGGUUACUCGAUAUGAGUACUAACUCAUGUUUGCUUAAUGAUUCAAUAAUCGGAAAAAAUAAAAAGGUGUUGAUGAAAUCGGGCGACUAUUUGUAUCUAUUUAUCGAUCAUACUAAUGAUGAAUUAAUUGGAUUCAAGAUAAUAUUUGAAAAUAAAGAGAAUGAAAGAAGGGAGGAGAUUGAAGUUUUGGGGCAAGAUGAGGGUGAGAUGAAGAUGAAGUUGGAGAUAUUGAAUGGUCAAAUGUCGAGUAGUAGGUAA